AUGGAUGGCCAAUGGAUGGUCGAUGAGGAUGUAGGCAAGUUGCCGCGGCAGCUCCAGCAGAAGCCACGUCCGAGCGUGAGACAAAAGCCUCAACGGCUGGACCCUGGCGCCCUCUCAGCUCCUCUCAGCUUUCGUCACGCCCUCUCGCCUGGCCCUGGCCUGGACUCGCCGGUCCCUUAUAGGCGGCCAGCAAGGACGGACAUCGCAAAGACAUGGGGCCCUAGGAUUCGGACCAUGGCCGACUCCCUCGUGUUCGCCUCCAAUGCGCAAUGCAGCAGCGGCAGCAGCAGCAGCGGCGGCGGCAACAUGAGUUUCCGAGCAUCUACUUUUACCUCCACCCCCAAAAGGACGACAACGCUGAGGCCUAGGCGGCCCCCAAACUUGUGUCACCCAUCCUCUGGCUUUGACUUACAGGUACAAGCUGCCAAAGAUGGGUAA